GUUAUUAAUCAAGCGUAUUAAUCGUUACUGUUAAUCGAGCUUCACCUAGUCCAACUAGUGUGGUAAUGGGUGCCUUGAAUACUAAGCUCUGAAAUGAUCUUCAAGCAUGUAUGUAAUUUUAUAGACUCCAAAUACUUAAGGAUCCGCAACAAGUGAGAUUAGGUAUCUUAUGUUCUAAUAUCCAAAAUAGCCCUAAGAUGUUUGAGGUUUUUUAUUCGCUUACUUUUCUUGCUGCGAAUUCCCAUUUACGUCUAAAAUUAAUUACGUCUCUUUAUCCAAAAAUAGCCGCUUCUGCUCUAGAACAUUUGUGUGAAUGUCAUAUCUUCAAGGAUGUCUUAAAAUUAAACACGUUCGGACAGCACAAUCAUCUCGAAUUCUAUCUUGAAAAGAGUUAGUUUUUUAUUUCAAACUUUACAGAUAUUCAUGACAUGCUCAAUUUCGACUACGAUCCGUGGCUAUUUUCCGUAAAGUAUCCUCUUGUGUACGUAAGGAGGUAAAGCGGUUUCAGCACGCUUUCAGCAUAAAUUCUUCACUCAAUAGAUUAGAAUGAGUUAUUCUUAUAGUCUGUAUAUUGACCGGGUCUAGCAUCCCAAAAAGCUCAAGUGACUUGUAACUUUCUCAGUAUAUAUUAUCUAUUCCCAUUUUCUAGAUGACUGCGGUUGGUCUCGAGUGGUGAACAGUGAAUUACGUACGACAACAAUGUGUAAAAGAAAUAAAUGUGCUUUAUAAUUUGCGGCAAAGCUUAGACUGACAUUCAAAGAUAGUGAAGAUAUGUGUUUGGUAGAUUGAAUGAAACCCAUUAUGAGCUAUGAGUUUCUUUUUUCGGAUUAUGAGUUUCUGCCGCCUGACAAAAUGAUUGAUUCCAAGCUUUACUGUUAAUAAAACUACAACAAGACAUUGAAAAAGAUUAACUGAAACUAGUAGCAAGAAAGGGGUUGACAAUGGUAGCACACAUGCAUCCGUCCGCCCUAUAGCCCGUCAGAUCUUAUGCCGUCGGACUAUCAAUCCCUUUCAAUCCUUGUGGAGCUCCCUUAAUGAUUGAAAUUUAGCUUUAAUUAGGGGAUGUAAAACACUCAUUAGAUUUUUUCGCCCAGAAAUCACAAAUUUCUACAAUGAUAUAAUACUGUGGUGUUACCAGAGAAAUGGUAGAAGGGUGUCGAUCAAAGUACCAUUAAUCUUAUUUAAUCAAUUUAGUAUUAUUUUAAUCAUCAUCGAAUACAGUCGUUAAUAAAUUUACUCCCGUUCUACCCCUGAAGCCAAAAGAUGCUGCUGUGUAACACUGAAACGUGUUCGCACUUCUUGGUAUCCAUUUCUCUCGUAUGCAUACUCGAACCCGACUUGAGAAGGUGCUAGAGUCGCGUCAGAGUACAAUUACAAUGCUUUCUCUCAGAAAUCUUUGUGGAAUCCACUAACGGAUGAUGAAUGUCAAACCUUGUUCAUUUGAAUGCUUUAUACUCGCUCAAACAGCACAAACGUGCCCAUUUUUAUGAAUAGAUAUUAAAAAGAAGUUCUAGAACGAUAUUGUCUGUAAGUUUUGAGAUAACCAACUAUAAAAUUAUCUAUAUAUCCAACUUCAAUUAAAAACGUGAAUGUGUUAACUUUUUUCCUUUUUGACUACUCUUGAAUAUUUUGAUCCGCUGUUUUUUUUACACCAGUUUAUGACUUGAAUGCCAUAGAUCAUCAGCAAUAAUGUAUUCCGUCGAGUUUGAAUUUUGCCGCCACUCUUAGGUAUGUUCGACACAAAACCGCGGGCUAUUCGGCAAUUGUUUACGUUCGUGCUUUGAAUUCCAAAAAUCGAACAUAUAUAGAAAAAACCGUCGGGGCUGAAUGUUCGGAAUCCGGACAGAUUCCUCUUCGGCAUGAUUUCAAGUGAUGCUUUUAUUGUGGAUGGGAGUGUGACUGGUGUUGUGCAUUUUUGUUAAUGUUUUUUUAUUGGUUGCCUUCAAGCGGUAAAGCGUUUUUUCUGCUCACGCAUAAUAUACAGUUACCCCCAAUCGCUGGAUCGUCAUGCCGGGUCCAGGGGUGAGUCCACCGAAACGAGCACUCCAACUGAAACUGGACAGUUUUUUUUUGCGAGAUUCAACUGAAAGAGAGGGGGCUACUCUUGGUAGACAGUCAUUCAAUGGAAGUUCAAAGGAAAACAGUGGAGUUGGCGUGAACCUAGGUGCGAAAAAGGGUCUCAUUACCACAACUGGGGAAACAACCCAAGAUAAUGAAAUCUCGAAGUCGCCUAGCGUUUUGGCAGUCCCAUAUUCAGCCCAGGCGCACAACAAUCAACACUGUAUUGUCGAGGAUUACUUGCAUUUCCCACCAGAUGGCAAAAGACUCGUAUUGGCUUGUAAAGUAACUAAGGACCAGCUGAGAGAAUUGUGUUGGAAGAACGGUGUUGACUGCGAGGAGUUGGGAGUAUGUUGUGUUAAGCGGCUGAAGAUUGCAGAUGGUACGGCUGCUACAGUGAAGUACGAAUCACCGAACUGGAGUCAAGGCAAGAGCAAGAGAAAGGCCUCCAGGACACAAACAAGUCCUUUGGAGGAAUAUGAGGUUGAUCAGGUAGUCAAGGUACGCAUUCGAGAAUCGAAAUUGGAGUGCUUAAUUAAAUGGAAAGGCUGGGACGAAAAGUACAACCAGUGGGAACCUCUACACAACUUAGAUUGUCAUGUAAUGCUUAUCGACUACCUUGUUGAAAACAAGUACCCGGAUCGAAUAUUGGCCGGUGUGCUAAGACAUAUAAUGGAGGUAACGCUUCUAGAUAACCCAGUACUCGAUCUCAAGAUUGCCUAUCCCCUUUUGGAAAGGAAGUUCGUGCUCUCAGAGGCAAGCCAGUACACGCAAAAAAGCCUAAAAGCCAUGCGGACAGACAUUACAAACUUGCGAUCCAGCCAACUUUUAUCCAGGAUUCACGAAGAGUUUGGAGGCCCAUGUAAAUUCAUCCGAACGAUGCUUGAGCGUCAGGAUUAUCUUGAUGAGCUAGAGAAUUGGCGUGAGUCGAUCAAAAAAACCGUCCGGGAGCCUGCAGCGCUGUUUGUUGAGAACUUCGUUGAUAACGACCCGCCCCCAACCAACUUCCAAUUUAUGUCUGACUACACGUACGCCGAAGGCAUCAUGAUUGAGCGAGCCGAAUUGGGGUGUCGCUGUAGAGACUGUUACAAGGACGGCUGCGGAGGCCUCCAUAAUGAGCGUCAGAAAGCCUACAAUGAGAGGGGAGUUCUGACUGUUGCCUGCCGGCGGAGUAACAGUGGGAUCAUCGAAUGCAAUGCGUCCUGUACAUGUCCGGCAUCCUGUUUCAACCGUGUCACACAGCGAGGCCGGCAGGUGCCAGUGACAAUCUUCAAGACAGAUAAUGGCCGAGGCUGGGGGCUGAGAGCAAACGCUCCGAUACGCGCUUGGAGCUUUGUUAUGGAGUAUUUAGGCGAAGUGAUUACUUCUGAAAUGGCAGGUCAACGUACUGAUGACACCUAUCUCUUUGACAUUGACUUCAACACGGAGCGCGAAGCUAAAUACACCGUUGAUGCUCUCCAAUGCGGCAAUUGCUCACAUUUUAUAAAUCAUUCGUGCAAUCCAAACUUGGUUGUCAUUCCGGUUUGGGUGGAUAAUCUCGACUUGCUGAUGCCACGCUUAGCAUUUUUCUCCAGUCGGGAUAUUCGUAAGCAUGAGGAACUCACGUUUGACUAUCGCGUCAAUGUAACGGAGGCGGAGUCCUUGGAUUUAUCCCGUGCUUCCAUGGACGAUAACCCUGCUGCUCCAGGCCGACUAUUGUUCCAGUGCCGUUGCGGAGCAGAGAACUGUAGAGGGCAAUUUAACUAACAGGAAAAAAAACUGUUCUUUCCAUAAAAAAUAUGAACAUUUUAGUUUUUCAAAUUGGAACCGCAACAAGUAUAUAUAAAACUCAGCAAAUGAACUAACGAUAAUGGAGUGAAAACACUAUCUAAUCCAGUAUUGUCCCAAAUGGAGACAAAAUUUCUUCUUAAAUGAUCUUCACAUAAUAGGCGAGUAAUUAUACUUAGACAGUUUGUACCAUACAGCCACUGCGGGGCAUUUUCAAUACAUUGCGAAAAAUAGGAAAAGGCAGCAAAAACCAGCUUGUGUUGAAAGGACUGAAGCCAAUUAUUUAUGAUCCUUUUGUUUGAUGUAUGCCCAUUGAACCAUUCCCGGGCUCGCACAUAUGUUGUAGAAAUAAUGCGCGACCAGAAAGAAAUCGUGUCAGAGGAACAAAUCUGACAAAAAAGGACUCUUAUCAAAAAGAAUGAGGAAGUUGUUAUGUUUAAUAGUAACGCCUCGUUGCGUUUACGCACAGAAUGAAAAACGUCUAAUGGGAAAAUAGACGUGUGCCACUUUCGAUUUAUCUAUUAGAUAUUUGAUUGUAGACACUAUGGGCGUGUAUCUGUGUGUGCUUGUGACUUAGCCUUGCCACUGAUGCUAAUCGUAGCUUGGUCGAAUUCAUGUUGUGUUGAUAUUUUAUGUCAGACUUUACAGUUCUAUUCUACGUGAAAUUAUAAGGCUACCGAACUCACUGAGAAAGUGGGAUCGGAUGUUAUAUUAUAUUCGAGAAACUAAUAUUGGGUGUUACAGUUGAACAGAAAACAACUGCCCGAAUCAAACAUGGGUACGCAGCAAUUGUCAGAAUCGCUGGUCUCUAGAAAUCCAGUGCACUUUGAUAAAGAUUUCAGAACAAAAUUAUCGGAGGUAGGUAUUGAAACUUUGUAACAAACGAAAUAAGGAACGUUUCAAAAUGUCUAAAGAACUGAUAUUCUGUGCGUGCUCCAAGUAGCGUUCAAAUAGUUCGUAAGACUAAUAUGAGAUGCUUUGUAACAAUCUGCAUAGAAACAAUUUGUAUUUCAAGACGAAUUUGUACACAUAUUUACGUUUAAGUUUUUGACUAAUUGCGUCAUUUGUGAUGGACCAAAUAUAUAUAUAUAUAUACAGUGUAGGUUCAGCAUAACAGCCGUUCGCAGUUAAUAAUCAGUCGUAAGACAAGCCUAGUUAAAAAUAGCAAUUAAUAAAAAAUCUGUAGCAUUUAUAAACAGUUUAUAUUAAUAAGGUUUUAUUAUUGAUCCAUGCCUAAAGAUGUUUGCUCAAAAUAAGUGUAAAACCAGAAUAGGAGGAGCAUGCGAAAAAGAAAUUUGUUUGUAGCUACACUAGCUCAAACCGCUCUCUUCGAGCCUGACCUGUGUCACUACAAAGAACCUUUUAUACCAGUUUGCUGGCCCGGCGUUCAGCCAUUGACGAUGUUUGCGCAUGUUGCAAUUUCAUUGAUUUUUCAUUUAUAUCACAUAUGUAAGGUGGUGUAUAUCAAUAGUGGAACCAGCGUCCAGCAUUUCUGGCUUUUUCAGUUAAAAGUUGAAAACCCCAAACGAUCGUAAAUAUCACACUUUUACCUUUGUACAACAUUUGGGUGAGCUGUCUAUCGAUUCUGUAGUACUAGUACGAUCCUAAUAAUUUUUAGUGCGGUUUUUUUAUUACCAAAAGUGUAGAUUGACAAAAAUGGUUGAUCUUCACGAAAGUAAAAUCAGUCUUGUUAUAUACUUGUUGUACAUACAUUUAAAUGUACCUCAGUGAUCGCUUGCUAUAGAGAAAAGAAUAAAGUAAAAUAACUCAAGAACCCUUAUAUAUUUCUUUCGUACCAUAAUACAUCGUCUUUCAAACAGGUCAUAAUCCUAGGAACAGUCGAUUGAAUACUGCCAACAAGACAUACUGACCUCAUUGGUAGUCCAAACGAUUUUUAUUGGGCAUGAGCGA